GGUCCGCGCGGCGGCGAGGGAGCGGCAGAGGAAGCACCGCGCGCUGGUGAAGCAGAAGAAACUCGCGCAGCUGGGGUUGGAUAUGGGGAACGAGAUUAUGCCGGGCAUGGAGAAUGGGCAGUAUGUCAAUGGGAUGCCGCCCGAGUUCGACCAGAUGAUGCCCCCCGAGAUGCGAGAGCAGCCGGGCCCGCCGCCACCCCCGCAUCCACCGAUGGGCCAUGAGCCGCCCUUCCCGCACGGGCAGCCGCUUGGAGGGCAGACGUUCGCCUCAACAUUGCUGUUGUCUUUCUCGUGCGCUCCGUUACUGAAGCAACACCUGUUACGGUCGCUGUCCAUGACGAACGAGGAGUUGGCCUCCUUGGAGCCAGUAAUUGCGCAUGCAUGGGAUCAGUGGGAUCAGCAGCGCCGUAUGCAUUACGCUGAACAAGCCAAGGCAGCUGGCGGUACUUACGAACAUCCGGUGAACCACGGCUACACCGAUCCAUCACAGCCUCCACCCACAGACUUCCGCGCACGAUUCCACCGACCACUUGUAGCCCCCUCGCCUUUCCAGCAAGCCAGUGCAGCGGCGUCGAGCUCCCCUCCCAGCUCCGCACCCGGACAGCCAUCUUCGGAUCCUAUUGAUCCUAACUUGACUAAUGGGCAAGGUCAGCAGCAGCAGCAACAACAAAAAAAAGGCUGAAGUGAAGGGUGUUGGAUGAGCUCGUGCCGUAGGAGACAGCUGUAUCGGUUAUGUCUGAUUCUUGGACGUCUGGUCUGGUCUUGGACGACCGGAACACGUAGGACGGAUGAUUGGC